UUAGUGCUCUUAUCUCUCCUUCUCAACUUCUAAUCUACUUUUUCGUUUUGUUUUUCAUUUUUACGAGAAAAAAUCUGUAACGCCGCCGCGAGUCUUCCGCCAUCAAGCAGAUUCGAUCAAAGAUUAAGAGCUAUAUAUUAUAAAUUAAGAUCAUGACAGAAAACGGGCAGUCGACAACGUUCAAAUCCAAGAUAACGGCAUACGUUGUCGGAUGUUGGCUUCUUGCUGCUUUUGGUGGAAUGAUGUUCGGUUAUGAUAUUGGAAUAUCAGGAGGGGUAACAUCUAUGGAUGACUUCUUGGAAAAAUUCUUCCCGAAAGUAUACGAGAGGAAACAACAUGCGGUAGAAAACAAUUACUGCAAAUACGACAAUCAACUUCUGCAGCUUUUCACAUCAUCUCUUUACUUGGCCGCCCUCGUCGCCACCUUCUUCGCUUCCAAGGCCUGCUCUCUUUUGGGCCGCAAAUACACUAUCCUCAUCGCCUCUUGUUUCUUCAUCAUCAGCGCCAUUCUCAGCUCCGUCGGCAACAACAUUGAACUCCUUAUCGUCGCAAGAAUCCUUUUUGGAAUCGGUGUUGGCUUCGGUAACGAGUCGGUUCCUUUGUUCUUGACUGAGGUAGCUCCAAUUCAGCAUAGAGGUGCGGUGAACAUUCUAUUCCAGCUCUUUGUCACCAUAGGAAUCCUCAUUGCCAAUCUAGUAAACUAUUUCACUUCCACCGUACACCCAAACGGAUGGCGAUGGUCCCUCGGUCUGGCCGGGGUUCCUGCGGUCAUCCUCUUCUUAGGGUCCCUCGUCAUCACCGACACACCUUCCAGCCUGGUGGAACGUGGCAAGGAUGAGAAAGGGAAGAAGGUUUUGAAAAAGAUCAGAGGAGUUGAAAACGUGGACGAGGAGUUCGAACAAAUCAGGGAAGGGUGCGAAAGAGCAAAACUGGUCAAGCAGCCAUUCAAGAAAUUGAUGGAGAGAUCCAGCGUUCCUCCCAUGGUGAUUGGAAUUUCGAUUCAAGUCUUUCAACAACUUACUGGAAUUAAUGCCAUUAUGUUCUACGCCCCUGUUCUGUUCCAAACUAUCGGCUUCAAGAGCGACGCUUCACUUCUAUCGUCGGUGGUCACCGGUUCCGUUAAUGUUUUAAGCACGUUAGUUUCUAUCUACGCCGUAGAUAAGGUUGGCCGUCGGAAGCUUCUCCUACAGGCCUGCAUCCAGAUGUUCAUUUGUCAGAUGGCGGUAGGAUUGAUCUUGGCAAUAACUUUGAAGAACACGGGUACAAUAUCCAAGGAACUAGGGAUUGUGGUUCUAUUGAUGGUGUGCUUGUACGUUGCAGCGUUUGCAUGGUCGUGGGGGCCUCUAGGGUGGUUAAUACCGAGCGAGACAUUUCCUUUGGAGACGAGAACGGCUGGAUUCGCGUUUGCGGUGAGCACGAACAUGCUCAUGACCUUCGUCGUCGCUCAAGCCUUCCUUUCCAUGCUAUGCAAGAUGCGCGCCUUCAUCUUCAUAUUCUUCUCAGGCUGGAUCUUGGUCAUGGGCUUAUUCGUCAUUCUCUUCGUGCCCGAGACCAAGGGUGUCGCUCUCGAAGACAUCAAUGAACGGGUUUGGAGUGUACACCCAAUCUGGAAGAAGUUCGUAAGUGAACGUAGGAACUUGCCAAUGGUGUGAUCGCAAUUUUAAUUUCUUAUAUUCCUGUAAUUUUGUUUUUAAUAUUCUAUAGCGGGUUAUUGAAAAAAACUUAAACUUUGUAAUUGUGAUGGUUUUGUAACUUUUGUUCAAUUCAAGAGUGAUUAUUAUAAA